AGAAUCAAAAUUGAUUAACAAUUCGAUAAAAUCCUAAAACGAGAGAGAAGAAGACCGGAUUUUAUUUUUUUUUUAUCCGAAAAAAUGGCGAAAUUGAUCUUAUUGGUUGCGUCGGCCUUGUGCUUGGCCACUCUGGUCAACUUCGCCGCGGCCGAUGCCGACGACUUCGACCGAUUCCACAUAAAGGGAUCCGUCUACUGCGACACUUGUCGCGUCCAGUUCUUCACCCGCCUCAGCAAAUUCCUCGAAGGUGCUAAGGUGAAGCUGGAAUGCAAGAACAUCGACAACCAGACGGUGACACUGACGAAAGAGGCAGUGACCGACAAGUCGGGGAACUACGAGAUGGUAGUAAUGGGCGACCACGAGGACGAGGUUUGCGAGAUCGUACUCGCGGAAUCCCCCGACACGGAGUGCAGCGACAUUAACAAUGAAGAGUUCACCAGAAACGCCGCCAGAAUCAGUUUGACCGCUAACGACGGAAUUGUCUCCAACGAGACACGAACCGUAAACCCUCUAGGGUUUAUGAGGAGGACUCCUCUCUCUGACUGUCCUAAAGCCUUCGAGGAACUUGGCAUUGUCCCUGACGUCAUCUUCUAAGGCAAUUUAUUGUUGAUUCGAUCGAGGUUUUGGAUACAUAUAUAAUUCUUUUUGGAAGAUACGUACAAAUGUUAUAUAUAUAUAUAUACACAUACACCCAUCUAUAUAUAUAUAUAUGUCUUGGGUUUUUUGAAGAACACAAAGAUGGCGAUGAAGAGAUUACAGUUCAUAUAUAUGAUAUCCGAAGUUUGUUUUUUUUGUUUUUUAUUUUUAUUUUUUCUUGAUUUCGAUUGUUUUAAGAAUGAUAUGAUUAUUUCCAUGUUUCGUGCACGUUUUUUUUUAAUGUUUCGCCUUGUAAUAAAAUUUGCAAGGACCGUAGGUUUUUAUGAUAAUCUGAUAUUCUUGGAUCUA